AGGAAGUGAUACGGAAGAAGCAGCCGAGCGAGCCAUUUUGGGGAAAGGAGAUACUCUUUACCCCAGAAUUCUGGUUCUGCCAUUUGUUGUGCAAGUUGUGACAGGGGUGUGUUGAAAGGGUAUAAAGCAUCCUGAACUUUCACUGUAAUCCACACACCUGAAGAGAAGACUAACUAGAGUUCACUGGACGGCUACAACACACUUAGAAAAAAAAACCACAAGAUGUCAGGACCAAACCAGACUGUAAGGGACUCCACCACUCUGGUUGCAGUGCUGCUCCUCCUCCUCUCCACAGGGAUCCAGUCAGCAAAACAUUCAGACAAACUUCAACCAACACAAUGGACACUCAGCCCGGACCUUGCAGAACCCAAAAUCUCCACGCUGCCUGUAAAUGGUAGUGAUAUGGAGGAACCUCGUGUUCUGAGGAUGUCAAGAUCCUGUAAAGAUGAGGAUUCUGACUACUGCCUGAACGGACAGUGCAUGUACCCCCCUGACAGCGAUACCCCUGCCUGCAUGUGUGAUGCUUCCUAUAGCGGCGCUCGCUGUGGUCUGUUGGUCCACCAGGCGACGCUGUGCAAGUUAGCCACAACAGAGGAGGUGAUUGCCAUCUGCGUGGGCGUGGCCAUGUUAGUGUGCUGCCUCGCUGUCGGUCUCUACUGCUGCAUCAAGAGAAGGUGUGAAAAACAGCCCCUUUUCUACAAGACCUACGGUGGCUCGGAGAACUCAGUUUGAGCCCCGUCUUCAUCAUCUCCACCACCACCAACCUCGUCUUGUUUUGCAGUCCCAACAAUUCCAUAACCGUAUAUUGACCACAAUGUCUUCCCAUAUCCUAUCAAAUUGUGGCUAUUUAUUGAAAUAUCUAAAAUUAUAUCUCAAAUUAAAGUUAUAAUUUUGUUUUUUUUGA